AUGAGACACAUUGGUUACUUUUUCACCGUACAGGAAAACGGAUGCAACCUUCCUUUCAAUUAUAUCAUUGCACCCUGAAUACACUCUAUUUUCUCUCCAUUGUGGAAAGCAAAUAUGGCACUUCCUAAAAAGGGAACAGAACAUGAGGAGGAGGACCUCUUUGAAGACGCCUUUGAAGAAAUUCCAAUACCAACAACAGUUGAUCUUUCCCAAUCAAUAGAAGAAAGCACAACAGGAUUAUAUUUAUUUCUAAGUAAUAAAUUCUCAAAAGCCUUGGAUUCCCUUCAUCCAUUGUCUCAUAAAAGCAUGUACCAUGCCAUUAUCUAUGGCACUAUUUUGGUUCUUCGGGCUUUCCUGACUUUUAAUGAGAAAGAUAUAGAAAUGGCAAAUACCACAAUUAAGGAAGUUUUGAAAACUUGUAACAGCUUCAGAAGAAAAAGCUCAGUGAUUAAUUCAAUGUCUCGUCUAAUUUACAAACAUGAAGUAACUACGCUUAAGGAAGAAGAAAUUCAUGCAGAACUCUGCUAUGCUCAAAGUUUAUCCCUGAAAGCAGCAGUAGCACUUUUACAAAAUGAAACUCUGUUUGGUUUUCUUAAAGCUGGAAUCAGUUUUGGACUAAGUUAUCAAAUCUAUAAAGACUGUCAAGAACUAUUAAUGCAUUUACCAAACUACAACAGUGAAACCCAGAAACAUUUCAUUGGAGAAAUAAAAUUUGGAAUUGGAACAUUCAAUUUGUUAGCAGCACUUAUACCACCUAAGAUCCUUCCACUUUUUAAUUUUGUUGGUUAUACUACCAAUUUGGAAUUAGGUCUCUCUUUACUCUAUGAAGGCGCUUCAUCUUCCAGUAUUAACAACAUCAUAUGUCUAUUAGCCUUGUUGCUUUAUUACUUUUAUGUUGCUGUAAGUUUUGGUACUGAUAAGAAAUUCAAGCAUGAUGUCGAAAAUCUCCUUUUAAGUUAUCUCAAGAAGUUUCCAAAGUGUGUCUUCCUUGUCUUUUUCUAUGGACGCUUAAGCAUGCUGAAAGGAAAUUUUGACUCUGCAGAGUUAAAAUUUCAACAGUGCAUUUUUUUACAAAAUGAAUGGAAGCAGCUUCAUCACUUCUGUUACUGGGAACUUAUGUGGUGUUUCAUUAUCCAGCAGGAAUGGCAUUCUGCUUACCACUAUGCAGAGCUACUCUGUCAACAAAGUAAGUGGUCCAAAGCUUCCUAUACAUACAGCAAAGCUGUCAUUUUGACCAUGCUUCCUGAUGAAUUUGUGAAAUCAACAGGUGAGGAUAUAAAGUCUUUGUUCUUAAAAGUAGAGAGCCUAAAAAUAAAAGUGUUAGGGCAUUUUCUCCCAGUGGAAACCUUUGCUAUUUUGAAGUCCCAACGCUACAGUUCUAUCACCUCCUGGAAUAGAGCACAACCUGUUCUGGAGCUUAUGUAUAUCUGGAGUGGUUUCCGAAUUAUGAAAAAAAGACGAGACCUCAUUGUACUUUGGCUAGACCUAAUUGAUAAAGAAGAGGAAGUUUUGCGGAAAGUUCCAAACAAAGAAUAUCAACUAGAUGACAUGUGUUUGAUGUAUUUACUAAAAGGUCUAUGCCUGAAAUUCCUAUGCAAAUACUGGAGAGCUGAACUAUACUUCAGUCGUGUUAUUCAAAAUGAAAAAGGGAUCAAAUAUGAUACAUAUUUGGUGCCAUAUGCAUACUACGAACUGGGAUUACUACAAUAUCUACGAGGAGAAAAGACUGCAGCAAUAAAAUCCAUAAACCUCAUUAAAAACUUUAAAAACUUUUCCAUGGAGACCAGGUUACAGUUUAGGGUUCAUUUAGCCCUUCAGCAAAUGACUAAAAAAAAAUGA